CACUAACAAAAUCAGUCUUCCAACAGACCCUGAUGGGAGGGAGCAGAUAAAAAAGAAAACGAGCAGGGGGGCACAGAGGAUAAAGAUUGUGUGCUAAUCAUUGUAAUAUUACGCCCAAGGUCGGACGGCCGUUCUACCCGAUCUGACGCGCCUCUGUGCCAGUGACUGGGGAACGCUUGUUGUGUGUACAUGUGACCCUGCUCCUCCUCUCUCCACUCCGUCACCUACAGAAUGUCCGAGACGCAGGAGCCGCCCACAGUGACGCCGCAGUCCCUCGUGUCGGAGGACCGUGUUCGGGCGGCGCUGACGAAGGACAAGGGAGCCGACGCUGAAAUACUCUCCUUUGAGGUGAAAGAUUUCACCAAGAAGGGCGACAACUAUGCGUGUGUGGUCACCAGUGCUGUUGUUCGUUACCGCCAAGGGGACAAGGAGGGGGAGGUGACCUACGUGGUCAAAUGUAAUCCUUGCCGGAAUGUUGCUGCGUCAUACGACUUCAGUGCAUAUUUGUUCAAUAAAGAAGGCAACUUCUAUGACGAAAUUGUGCCUUUGAUAAACGCCGAGCUGAAGGGCAUCGGGCAGGAGCCGCUGCGCAUGGCAAACUGCUAUGAGACUCACUAUGGGACGAGCGAGGAAGUCAUCCUGCUAGGAGACCUGAGGCCAGACGGCUUCAAAAUGUUCGACCGCAAGAAGGGCAUGGACGUGGCCCAUACCAAUCUGAUGCUAUGCGAGCUGGCGCGCCUGCACGCUGCCUCAACACUUGUCCAGGCAAAGAUGACGGACCCAAUCGAGGAAAAGUACCCUUUCCUCAAAAAGGACUUUGUCUGCGUGUAUGAAAACCCGGAUAAACAAGAUGAGGACAUGGAACAAAUGAUGGGGACUGUGUUUUACGGCAUCAUGAAGACGGGCAUGGCCAUGGCUCAGAAGAUCAGCGGCUACGAGAAGGUCGUGGACUGGCUGAAGAAGCACGCCCGCCAAACAACCGACCUGCUGAAAAGAUGUCUGAAGGAUACUUCAGACUUUGACGUGGUGUGCCACGGCGACUGUUGGAACAACAAUAUUCUCUUCAAGUACGACGAGAGCGGAAAACCCGUGGACGUGCGCCUUCUCGACCUUCAGAUUUGCCGCAAAGCCUCGCUGGCCACUGACCUCAACUACCUCCUGUACUCGAGCCUGGAGGGCCAGGUGAGGAAGAACAACCUGGAGGCGUUCAUGAAGACUUACUACGAGUCCUUUUCUCAAGUUCUCUCGAAUGCCGGCAAGAAGACUCCCUUCACUCUGGAUGAGCUGAAGAAGGAGUACCACAACCAGAACCUCUUCGGCCUUCUCAUGUGCCUGAUGGUGGUGCCUGUAGUGGUGGCCGAGGGGAAUGACGUCAUGGACUUUGAAAGCAUGACAGGCGACAUGGAGGAGGACAUGAAGGUUUAUCAACAGAAAAUGCUCGACCAGCUGGACAAUAACCAGCUGCUUCGACCACGCCUGCUGGCAACCUUCGAUGAAAUGAUGGAGUAUGGCGUGAUCUCCUAGUGUGUGUGUGUGUGUGUGUGUGUGUGUGUGUGUGUGUGUGUGUGUGUGUGUGUGUGUGUGUGUGUGUGUGUGUGUGUGUGUGUGUGUGUGUGUGUGUGUGUGUGUGUGUGUUUGUGUGUGUGUGUGUGUGUGUGUGUGUGUGUGUGUGUGUGUGUGUGUGUGUGUGUGUGUGUGUGUGUGUGUGUGUGUGUGUGUGUGUGUGUGUGUGUGUGUGUGUGUGUGUGUGUGUGUGUGUGUGUGUGUGUGUGUGUGUAAGUGUGUGUGUGUGUGUGUGUGUGUGUGGAA